AUGCAGGAAGAGGAGAAAAGUGCCGUGCCGUCGGAAGUGCCGCUCCCGUGCAAAUUCACGGUGAAGGCCCUCGGAUGGCGAGACGCCAUGGGGCUCUGGGGCAUCAAGCACACGCGGGCGCCCGUCGACGAGUUGGUCGCGAACGCGAAGAAACUCAAACAGGGCGAUUCGUUGCCGUUCGUACAGUUGGAAGUCCGCUCCGACGGCGUGCACGUGAGCGCGCAGUCCAAGUCUAGGUUGGUCCGCGAUCAUCUCGACGGGUUCACGCCCAUCAACCUCAUCUCCUACGGCGUCCAGGACGUGAGCUUCACGCGGGUCUUCGCCAUGAUCGUCGUCCAAGAGGGGAAUCUGAAAGAGGUCCACCCGUUCCGGUGCCACGCGUUCGUGUGCGACUCGCGCGAGUCGGCGCGGAGGCUCACGUUCGCCGUCGCCACCGCCUUCCGCGAGUUCAGCAAGAGCGUGAAGGGCAAGAAAGCGAAGCCGGCCAAGUUCGCCAUCGACCUUCGAAGCCCCGAGGAGAUCCAGGCCGAGAUGGAAGGCCGGGAAGUCCAGGAUUCAGAGGCGUGA